GUUGGUUGGACCGGUUUUUGGAACAUCCGUCCCCUGCACCAGACCCUGCACCAGACAAGAAGAGUAGGCGUGAAAAAUACUCCGUAUAGAACGCGCCGUACUCAGGUUUCCGAUGAUGACCUUAUGACACGAGUGCUUGUGAAUUGCACCUCCACUGACAUUUCUACGGCUCAAUCUCUCGCUCUCUUUUCUGGACCCUUGGGAAUUCCGGAAUCGAGAUCCGCAGAACUAGCCAACCGAAGAUAUGGGGUUGCCGGAGAUGGAAUCGAUGGCGUCAGCCAUCGGAGUGUCUGUGCCGGUGCUCAGAUUCCUGCUCUGCUUCGCUGCUACCAUUCCGGUAAGCAUGUUUCAUAGGUUUGUCCCAGGCGGCGCUACCGGGAGGCAUAUCUACGCCGCCGCGACCGGCGCCGCGCUCUCCUACUUGUCGUUCGGGUUUUCGUCCAAUCUCCACUUCUUGGUGCCCAUGCUCUUGGGCUACGUUUCGAUGCUUGUCAACCGCGCUUAUUGUGGCACCAUCACUUUCUUCCUGGGCUUUGGUUACCUCAUUGGAUGCCAUGUAUACUACAUGAGUGGGGAUGCAUGGAAAGAAGGAGGAAUUGAUGCUACGGGUGCUUUGAUGGUGAUUACACUGAAAAUCAUCUCAUGUGUGAUAAAUUACCAAGAUGGAUUGCAGAAAGAGGAGGGCUUAAGAGAGGCACAAAAAAAACACCGCCUGCUCAGCCGGCCAUCUUUUCUUGAGUACUGUGGUUAUUGCCUCUGUUGUGGGACCCAUUUUGCCGGUCCAGUGUUUGAAAUGAAAGAUUACCUUGAAUGGACCGAGAGAAAAGGAAUCUGGAAGCGUUCUGAGAAAGGAAAUCCAUCACCUUUUGUGCCAACCUUAAGGGCUAUUUUUCAAGCUGCUUUUUGCAUGGGGAUGUAUCUAUAUCUGGUCCCACAUUUUCCUCUUUCCAGAUUUACUGAUUCAUUAUACCAAGAAUGGGGAUUCUGGAAACGGUUGGGUUACCAGUACAUGUCUGGCUUCACUGCACGUUGGAAGUAUUAUUUUAUAUGGUCAAUCUCAGAAGCCUCUGUCAUUAUAUCUGGUUUGGGCUUCAGCGGUUGGACUAGUUCUUCUACUCCAAAGCCACAGUGGGACCGUGCAAAAAAUGUAGACGUAUUAGGUGUUGAGCUGGCUAAAAGUUCAGUUGAGUUACCUCUUGUAUGGAACAUACAAGUGAGCACCUGGCUACGUCAUUAUGUCUAUGAGAGGCUCCUCCAGAAGGGCAAGAAGCCUGGUUUCUUCCAACUGUUAGCAACUCAGACUGUCAGUGCUGUGUGGCAUGGCUUAUACCCCGGGUAUAUUAUUUUCUUUGUUCAAUCUGCCAUUAUGAUUUCUGGCUCAAAAGUUAUUUACAAGUGGCAACAAGCUACCAGUAAUGCUCUUCUUCAGAAGAUUCUAGUGUUGAUCAACUUUGCCUACACUGUUCUGGUUCUCAAUUACUCUUGUGUUGGUUUCAUGGUGUUGAGCCUCCAUGAAACACUUGCUUCAUAUGGCAGUGUCUAUUAUGUGGGAACAGUUGUACCUAUUGCAUUGAUCCUGCUUGGCAAAGUGAUUAAGCCAGCUAGAUCAGUUGAUUCCAAAUCUCGAAAAGAUCAGUGAGCGAAGCAUUGCUUUUCAAGAUUGCUUCUACGAUACAAACUUAUUUUUGUUGCUUUUGCAAGUAUGUGUGGUAGAUUCGGGUUGACUGAUGACGAUUUGCCCUUGGAAUAUUCAAGUGUGUCUAUUGGUAUUUGGGUUUUCCUUUUUGAAUGAGAGUACACACAUCCAGGCUUAAUUAGGAUUUUUUUACACAU